AUGACAAACUUCUUGUUAGAAGUGAAUGUUGAAAUUUGCAAAAUUGAUGAUGAAGUUGUUUAUGAUUGGACCGUAUCGACCAUGACUUGUGCUGUGACGGUUGAGGUUUCUGCUGUAUUGACCAUAGUUGUAACAACCUCAAUACUGAUUCUAAUUCACCGUCAUGGUGAUGCCGAAUCAAUCAAUGAAAUUGACAAUCAGGAAAAUGAUACCGAAUCGAUUAAUGAAAAUGGUAACGAAUCAAAUAAUGAAAGUGGUAACGAAUCAAAUAAUGAAAGUGAUAAUAAAUUACUUUGUGAAAGUCCUUCAAAAUGGGAUGGAGUGAAUAAUUAUAAGCCUUCUGCACGUCAUCCUAUUUGCUUUGGAAAUGCAUCACGAGCUAGGCGACUUCAUGCUACGCAAGCUAAAAAAAAUGGCAGAAGACAAUGA